GUUCCAGGGAUGACAGAGUCCUUUUUCUUUGGUGAAUCACAAUUGAUACAUGCUGCUGGAUUGGAAAAUGAUAAUCCAGAGGAGCAACCAUCACUAGCUGAACCUCCGAUUAUAUCUAUAGAUGUCUCUCAUUUGUAUCAUACUGAUCAGCGUUUCCCUUUGAAAGAUGAUCUUAUGAAAUGGGUUCGCGACAUUUCUAUGGCAAAUAAUUUUGUUUUGGUGACAACAAAGUCUGAUAGUGGUGCGAAGGGAAGAAAAGAAUAUGUCAUUCUGGGGUGUGAGAAGCAUGGUGCGUAUAUUCCCUACAGAGAACCGGAUCUUGUUGAAGGAACGUCAACACAAAAGACAGGUUGUCCUUUUAGGCUAAAAGGACGACGUACGAAAGAUGAUAAAGGUUGGUGGUUGAAGGUGAUGGACGGUAGACACAUCCAUCUCGCAGCUGAGUCACUAGUUGGCCACAAUUUUCUGGUAGACUGA